UUUCCUUCCUGCUACGCCUGGGGAAGCGAUUUCGUCGAGGACCGUGGAGGAAUGCUGCGAGGAAAGCAAGAGUACAGGCGCCAGCCUUCCUCUGGCGCAGUUGGAGCAGAAAUCCCGAGAGGACAAUUCGAUCAUUGCAUAUUAUGCUCUUCAGAGCUAAUUUGACAAACCUUGAUACAGCGAACAGUUUUUUAAAGUCCUCGACUUUUCCUUUCUACGCUAUAUCUAUGGGGAUUACAAAACAGGAGACGCAGAGUCGUUCUGGAGUGCAAAAGGCGCCAGUCUCCACCUACAUAGCUAUUGGAAAACCCUUGUGAAGGAUACUUUUGACAGUUUACUCAACCGACUUUCUACGUAAACAAGUCGCCGUCCCUCGCACUGCCUCUACUUUCAAUGCUGCAUUUACAGUUCACAGCUGUGAUUUUUCAAGGACUGUCUUGCUUGACCUUUCGUCUUUGUCCUUAGUCAAGGACACCGUCUGCAGGAAUACAGUUCAGUUGACAAGACAUUAGUGUCCAGCUGACGGUAAACACUAACCAAUGUGUCUAGACAGAGCGUCAAUGUAAAUUACAGGGAAGCUGAAGUCGGAGACAGGCUACUGCCUAAAGCACCUCGAUAACCUACUGAAAUUGUGUCACAUAGAACGAUGGAGAAAUGUGGAAUUCUUCUGUUUCUUAUUGUGUUGUUGAAAGCGGUCGAAUCGUUCAAAUUCAACUUCACAUGCGAAGGACUACUGAACAUUUCGUGCGGCGCGAAGCCCAUUGUCCUCAUCAGCGUCAUGUCCGUUACUCGGCAGAACUGGGCAUGCUCGUUGGCCGGGAGUGGUGACAGAAACAACCGCAAGGAGGCGGUAGUGUGGAGGAAGUGUAACGGAAAAACGAGUUGCACCAUAAAGUCGGGCAUGAAGCUUGGGGAUUAUAAGUAUUUGGGGAUUCAUUAUGAUUGUGGCAAGAGCUACGACAUGUGUUCAUCAGUUCGCAUCGAAAGCAGCAAGGCGUACUUGGAAAGCCCCAAUUACAGAAACGUCUUUCCCUACGCUGGUUCAACUGUCUGCCGCUGCAAGGCGGAGCUAGCAGAGCCCACAAGGUUGGUUGUUGGAGUUCAAUACAAGCUAUUCUCAUCCAUUGAUACGCACCUGAUGAUAAAAUGGCGGCCAGAUGAGGUGAUACAGAUCUAUGAGGAGACGGACCUAAGCCCUGGUGUCAUCUACAGGGAGACGGGUAAUGGCACUUUCGCCAUUAUGUUCAACGCGAACGGUAGGAACGGGACAGGGUUCUUUCAGCUCUUUUAUAAAGCAUCCCAUCCAAUAACGAUGAUGUGCAACAUGGACAUGCCAAUAAUUCCAACCACACAAGAGAUCACAACAUCCAUCCAGAUGCCACCUAACUCUACACCCAUCGCCGAUGUCCUUACCACGGCCCAUUUGGAUGAGACAUAUGUAACAACCAUAACAACAACAUCAUCAACGGAAACAACAACAGUUGAACCGCUGGUUACUUCGGAACAUGUCCAAACCACGCAAGAUUUACCAACAACCAAGACUACUUCAGCUAAGACUGAAGAAUUAGACAAAACAUUUCAAGUCACAUUCUCAAGGAAGGAAGUUCCGAUGAAAUCUCCAAUCGCACCGACCAUUUUGACAACCUCAGAUGCCGAGAAAUAUGACCGCAACUGGACGGAAGUCCCAGUUGUAGCGAAGGUGAUAAACAAGGACCACAGCAUGAAGGUACUAGGUGUCCUGAUCCCAGCAUUGAUAGGGAUGAGCGUUUUGGUCGCAGUCACUUGUUUCUUCACGUUAAUGGCAUUACUCAUCUACAACCGGCUAAAGAAGAGGAAGAAGUAUUACCCCAGACGAACCUCCCGUGGGAAUCACGUGGUGUCGAGAUCUGUUUACGAAUUGGAACAUCCGGUACCAGGAAAGGAAGAAUCGGAUCAACUUGGGAACGGGGUUGUUGAAGAUUCGGCACCGCCUAGUGUCGACCUUCUGAACGAAAAUUUAAAACUGAAAGAUGACAAAAGGGGUCAGGGUUUACUCGGUUGUAAUAACCUGCCGGGAAAAAGUCCUGAUUCUGUUUUGAAUAGAGUUACUGAUGUUGUGAGCACCGAGUCCCUGGUGUUGCAUGACAAUGUGCUUCAUCAGGUUAUGGACGAAGUUGACGAGUUGGCGCCAGGUUCGCCUUCUUUGUAUGCCACCAUAGAAAGAGGAAGGAAAAUGUGGAUUGUACCCCCGGAACUACGAGACAGCGAUGAUGGACUUGUGACUUUGGAGAAAGGGCCUUCACUGACAUUUGACAAAGGUCAUUGCAAGCACCAUAAUGACAAUAACGUGAAAUUGAAUGAUCAUAAAGUAGGGAAAUGUUCUGCUAAAGCUCAGUCCGAGGAAAUGACGUUGGGAGAAGGUCAAUCUUUGACCUUGGAAGAUGGUAAACUUCUGACCGUGAAUGACGUUCAAAGUUAUGGUGACAGUGAAAGACCAACAGAAGCAUCUAACGAAAGCAAUGAAAUUAAAGUAGACGAAGAUAAAUUUCCAGUUGUUAUGGACUCAAUUCGAAACUUAUUUUCACAAAUUCCUGACUAUGCUGUGGUCAAAAAGGUCAAACAGGAACCAGCAAAUACAGCGGUGGGCACGACAACUAGCAGUAGUCAGGAAGACACAGAAAGUGAGAAUUCUGAAUUAGUGUUUGGAAAUGGCCAUUCUAAUGAGCCAGACUAUGCGGAUAUCCCGGACGACAUGGGUAGCCCCAGUGAGGGUGCGGCUGAAGCAUCGUUUGAGGCCCUAGUACUGCCUGAUGAGGUGGGAACUGGUGACAGCCAUGGGGCGUACAUGAGUGUUGACGUGACCAAUUUGAUGGCAACGGAGUCCACAGAUCACCAUAUUUAUGAGCAGGUUUAGAAAUCUCAGCUUUGCCUCUGUAUUAGAAAAUGUUGCAUUUGUUUUGAGACGUUGAAGUCCCAGAGUCUGACGUAGGGCAAUACCCUUUCUGCCAAUGACGACAAUACUCCAUGUUUAUAAACUUUAUAAUUAUGUUUGAGUCUAGAG